AGAGAGAGAGAGAAAAGGCUGUGAAAAGUCACGCGGGUAAGAAGUUGAAGGAAGCUGAAGGAUUUCGUCUCCAAAUCAUAUUUACAGCUUCAAUCCAGUGAAUCCUUGCAUUGCCGGUUUAAGGUUAUUACUUUUUUAUUAGAGCCUAUGGAAAAAAGAAAGAAGGACAAGAAACUAGCUUUCGUUUGUAAUCAAGAAUCUCACACAACUGAUGAAACUCAGAUGAAUAUGAUUAUUAACAGACCAAGCGACAUAAUGCACAACCAAAUGUGAAUGUUGUUCCGAGUGACAAAAUUAGUAGUUCCUCAGCUUCACUUGAGAACACACCUAACUCAAAUCAGCAACAACAAGCUUCAAUUGUUCAACGGCCCUACACUCCUCAAAGUGCCAUACAACAGUUCUUGGCAAUGCACUUCCCCACCCAAGCAUCAGCAGCUGGUGCCUUAAAUCAAUGGCAGCAGUAUCCACACCUAUUUGCCCAGUCAGCGUCACCCUUUUGGCAAUCUCAUCCACCCUCCGCCGUGGCUGGCCCAUUACUUGGAGCAAAUGUCCCUACCAUCUAUCACCCAUUCACUGAUUCUGGCUUUCCUGCAGCACCUUCCUCUACAACACAGACACCACCUCCUAGUAUGUGUUACAAUUACCCAUUUCCUGUCUUUCCAUGUUAUUGGGGUCCAUCUUCUUACAUGGCUCAGUUGUACCAAAUGCAGCAUCCUUAUGUUCACAAUUUUCCUGAUGCACUUAACUUUUCUUCGGCAACACCGAAGGUGCCAAAUUGCUCAGCUUCUGCAGAGAAUUAUUCUCAAAUAGGAAAUAACAAAUCACCUUCAGAACUUAAUCAGAAGUACCAACAACUCUGGGAAGCUGAGAAAGCAGAGAAUGUCGAGCUGCGGAGGGUGGCACAUAAAUUGCGAGCUAAAGUUUCUGGUUACAAGGAUAAGCUGAAGAAGCUUCAAGUAGAAGUCUCCUCAUUCAAACAGAAAGCAGAACUGACCUUUAAACAAGUUAUUGGAACAGUGCCUGCAGGAACAACUCAACCUUUGAAGAAGAGAGGGAGGCCUAAUCGAUCGUUGGCCUCAGCCGAUGCAUUAAACGAGUCUUACCUCCUGACUGGUGGUAAAAGACCUUCAAUGUGUAACUCUUUGUCUCAGAAUAAAUCACCGUUUGAAAAAGUUAAACCCAUCUUUGAAAAAGUCAUUCUUAAGAAGGUGGAAAAUAAAGAAAUAACUAAUCGUUUCGCCACUACAAUGGCUCAGCAGGAAAACAAUGUAAACAUCUUAAAUACUGUAAAAGAUGGGAGCUGCAACACCCAGAUAAAUCAGACUUACCCAAUCAAGUCUGCAUGUCAAGGUCAUGUUCAUCAGGAAUCUGAGGGAGUCCUGAUAUGUGAAAGUCGAGUACAUGUUAAUUUUGGAAAGGACAAAGACUUGAGACCCUCAGAAGUAUUAAACCAUGACAAGAGUGCUUCAUCUAAAAAAUAUAUUGGAAAUACAGGGUUGAAUUCUGGCAAACAUUUGGAAGACAAUGUAAAGGAUGUAUUAGAUGGCAUUUUCAUCCAACAGGGACAAAACAUAACUCCUGGAUGGAGUUUGAGGUUGGCAGAAGAGGAGGAUGUUUCAGAAUAUAUUGAAGGAUCAGCUAAAGAUGAAGAUGAGGUAACGGGGAAUGACACUAGCUCCGCAGCUGAAGAAAUUGGUGUAACAAAAAACCUAGGUGGUUGGUUGCCCCAUGAGUAAAUGCUUUGCAACUAGUCCAAAAGCUAUGUUUACCGCAAUAGUUGGCAAUAGUGUUUUGUGAAGAAAUGCCUUACAUCUACUGCCUUAACAGUAUAAUUUUUUGAUAAUGAAAUCACUCCGAUCAACUGGGAUAAUCAUCCAGCUGUUAUGAACUAUAAAGCAGUAUGUAGAUUUUUGUUA